GAAGUUCGUUGUCGCGGGCUUGUUGAGUGGCAAUGGUUUCCGUUAGUCUCUGACAGUGUAUCGCAGUGUAUAUUUCUUUAAUCUGUGGUCUACACAGGUCUACAUAUAGUUUCACCCAUGUUUCGCCCUAUUAUCCUAUUUCUUUUCCGUUUGAUAAUUUGCUUAAAGUAGAAUAAAGUAUGUAGUGUUCAUGCAAGAUCAUUUAUUAAUAUUUUCCUAGAAUUAAGGAACUCUAACCCGUACACGUUCUAUGGGAAUUGAUUGUUUCCAUAUAAUAAAUCGGAUAUACAUUGCACGUAUAGCAACAUAUACUUAUUAAUAAAAUGCCCCUUUACGAAGGAAUUGGAACUGAAAAACUUACGGUCGUUAUGGAUCUUGGAGCUGCAUUUACAAAAUUGGGAUUCAGUGGAGAAUUCGCACCGAGGCAUAUAAUUCGAUCAGAAGUUACAUUGAAAGGUUCAAAUCUAACAAGAGAAAUUUAUUCAUAUGUGAAUGGAGACGAUUUGUAUGACUUACUGGUGGAGUUUUUGCAUAUGAUUUUUUUUAAGUAUGUCCUAUUGAGCCCAAAAGAUAAACCUGUGAUAAUUGUAGAAUCUCUGUUAUGCCCAACAAUAUUUCGAGAAACACUAGCAAAAGUGCUUUUCAGUCACUAUGAAAUAUACUCUUUACUUAUUGUUCCAUCACAUUUGGUCAGCUUAGCGCCGUUGGCAAUUAAUACUGCAUUAGUUGUGGACGUAGGAUACUUGGAGACUACAGUUAUUCCAAUUUGUCAUGGUCUUCCAGUACUUCAUGCUUGGCAAGCAUUGCCUUUAGCUUCUCAGGCAAUUAAUAACAAAUUAAGAAAACAUUUACAUUCUUGCAACAUAAAGAUUUCAGAAGUAAAACAGAAUAUUAUAGAUGAUAUUAAAGUUCGCUGCUGUUUUGUUACCCCACAAAGAAGAGCCAUUCAGUUUCUCAAGUCAAAUUCACAAUUAAACUAUUGUCCAGACUUGCAAUAUCCACUAGGAGGUACUAAGAUUAUAAAUGUUCCUGGGAAAAUACGAGAAACUGUUGCUGAAUUUUUAUUUGAAGAAGAUAAUGAUCAUCAGUGUCUAUCAACAAUGGUUUUGGAUUCAAUUUUAAAAGUAAAUGUUGAUUUGCGAGUAAAGUUAGCUGAAAAUAUACUUCUUACAGGAGGCACUGUCAUGCUCACUGGUUUUAAAGCACGAUUUAAGGAAGAAUUAUAUAAACAAUUGAAUUCAAGUCGCUAUGAAAAAUUGAAACUUUCUAAAUUUAUGUUUCAUUCAGCUCCUUCAAAGGAUAAUUAUACGGCUUGGUUAGGAGGUGCAAUAUAUGGUGCUACAGAAGUUUUAGGUAUGAAGAGCAUUACCAGAGAAUAUUAUUUUAAGGAAAGCCGUUUACCUGACUGGCCCAACAUGAAAGAUAAUUCACGAAUACAGUAAUAAUUUUUCCUACAUA